UUCAGGUUCCGUUCUUUUGUUUGUGGAUCAGUCAUCAAAAAACAGUGAGGUUCUACAAUCCAAAAAAUAAAUUGUCCAAAAAAUUUACAUCAUCCAAAAAUUACAAAAAUGGCAGAGUCGGAUGUAGUAGAUUUGGAUUUAACAAUUGAAGAUUUAAUUCCCAAGAGUCCAGAAAGAUUGGCCGAAGAAAAAAAGGAAAGUGGUAAUCAUUUAUACAAAUUCAAAAAUUACAAAAGUGCAUUGGCUAUGUAUGAUGAAGCAAUAAAAUUGUGUCCAGAGAAUGCUGCCUACUAUGGCAACCGAUCUGCCUGCUAUAUGAUGCUGGGCUUGUACAAAAAAGCCCUUGAAGACGCACAGAAAGCUGUUUCACUAGACCCAACAUUUACCAAAGGCUACAUUCGCAUUGCUAAAUGUUGCAUUGCAUUAGGUGAUAUGUCUGGAGGAGAGCAGGCGGUGGCGCGCGCCAGCGAGCUGGGCGGCGCGGAGUGCGCGGCGAGCGAGCGGCGCGCGCUGGAGUCGCUGCGACGGCUGCACGAGGACGCUCAGCGCGCCAUGGAGGCCGGCGACUUCCGCCGCGUCGUCUUCUGCAUGGACCGCUGCCUCGACUAUAGCCCUUCUUGCUCCAAGGACAAGCUCACAAAAGCGGAAUGUUUGGCGAUGCUCGGGCGUUGUCAGGAAGCUCAAGAAAUUGCGAAUGACUCUUUACGAUUUGAUAGUCUCGAUGCUGAGGCCAUUUAUGUUCGAGGACUGUGUCUUUACUUUGAGGAUAAAGAUGAACAAGCAUUUAAGCAUUUCCAACAAGUGUUAAGAUUGGCACCUGACCACAAAAAGGCUAUGGAAACAUACAAAAGAGCUAAGUUGUUAAAACAAAAGAAGGAAGAAGGUAAUGAGGCAUUCAAAAUGGGAAGAUGGCAUCAAGCCCUCAAUCUAUAUAAUGAAGCGUUGAAUAUCGACAAAAACAAUAAGGCUGUAAACGCGAAACUGUAUUUUAAUAAAGCCACUGUUUGCUCUAAACUAAACCAAACUAAAGAAGCAGCUGACGCUUGCACCGCCGCACUCGAUCUAGAUGAAAACUACGUCAAGGCUCUACUCCGUCGCGCCAAAUGCUACACCGAACUUGGCGAAUUCGAAGAAGCUGUGAAGGAUUAUGAGAGGCUGUACAAGAUUGACAAGAGUAAAGAGAAUAAACAGUUGCUGCAAGAAGCCAAAAUGGCGCUCAAGAGGUCCAAGCGCAAGGACUAUUACAAAAUUCUCGGAGUUGAAAAAACAGCGUCCGAAGAUGAUAUCAAAAAGGCAUACAGGAAACGGGCGCUGGUGCACCAUCCGGAUCGGCACGCCGGGGCGCCGGACAGCGAGCGCCGCGAACAGGAGCGCCGCUUCAAGGAGGUGGGCGAGGCCUACGGCAUCCUGAGCGACCCGAAGAAGCGCGCGCGCUACGACCACGGACACGACCUCGACGACGACGGCUCCGGCAUGGGCGACAUCGACCCUAACGUAGUGUUCCAGUCCUUUUUCAACCGUGGGGGGCAGCACUUCAACUUCGACUCCGGCGCCGGCGGCUUCUCCAACUCGGGCUUCAGCUUCCAAUUUGGUUAACUUGUUGGACGUCACGUGAUCAUAAAACCGCGGAUGUACAAUUAAAUCUAAUUCCAAGUGCAUAGUUUGAAACAAGUUCCAUCCCAUUUAAUCCCAGUCAUUCCAAAAUAUUAAAAUAUCCAUAUCCGACGUGGAUUCCACUUAACAAAAAAAUUAUUGACUUUCAAUAGUAUGCUUUGAACAUCAACUUGGUUGUAUUAUAAAAUCUUUGAAAUUGUAGUAAGUAAAGAUCUUUCAUUAUGUAAGCCUUAUAGAGAAUAAUAAUAAACAUAAAGAAACUAAGUUUUGUAUAGAAUACAAACCAUAUUCUAGUAAUAAUAAUUAAUAAUAUUGACUGAUUUGAUUAAGUAAUUUUAAUUUUCCAUUUAUUUUUUUUAAAGUGUUUAUAUAGUGUGAACUUGUUUAUAUAACGGAAGUUUCCAUUUCCAUCAAUUUUUCGGGAAAUGAUUAUGUGAAAUAUUAAACCAAGUAUAAAAUUACUAAUAUGACUAUCUGUAUAAUUUAGAUUGCCACUUAGGGUCUGAAUUUAAUAUUGUGAAAUAUAUUAACCAGACAAAUGAAAUAAUUCGCCAGAUCUAAUCGAGCAGAACAAGUGAUGUCAAAUACAUACUUAAAUUUUGUUCAGAGUGCGAUUUUAUUGUAGAAGAAUGAAGGUCAGAGCGUUCAGCCGAAACAUACUCUUGUGAACAAAUAAACAUCUUAAAUAUGCGUUUGUAAGAAGUUAUUUUUGAUCUGGAAGAAGGAAACUUCCCAUAUUCUAGCAUCCAUAAAGAUAUAGGUUAUAGUGUUAUUGGUAUUAUAUUAUUAAAUGCAAAAUUGAA